AUGGUCGAGUUGACCUUUUGUGGAGAAAGUUUUCAACACCGCGGUCCUGCGUGGCUUGCUUGUAGGCCAGCUGAAAGUUUAAAUACGGACAAUUUUUGUGUGAUAGUAACACAUGUCAGUCUACCUGUUGAAAGAGGAAGGCCCAGGAAAUAUAACAAUUUUGCUGAGGAAUGUAAGCAACGAACUGAAAUAAUUAGUAUUAACAAUAAAGAUAACUUAUGUUUGCCCCGUGCUCUAAUUACCGCUAUUGCCAAAAUAGAAAAUGAUGUAAACUAUCAAAAAAUUCGACGAGAUGUAAAUAAGCAACAACUAACAAAAGCCCAAGAAUUGGUAAAACAAGCUAACGUCAUAAUUCACGUACUCGGCUGUGGAGUAACAAUUUCAAAAUGUUCUCGUAUAUGCCCAUGUUGUCAACAAUUACCACAAUGCCGAUCAAAUGGAAACAAUAUUUUAUGUAAAGAUUGCAACAGACUGUUUCGAAGCCCUAUUUGCUUAGAAUGCUUAGAAAACCAUAAAGCAUCGGGUUCAAAAAGUAAAAGUAUUUGUGAUGAAGUGAAAAAAUGUUUAAGUUGUCUUAAGACAUAUAAAUCUAAUCGACAACAUAUUUGCGGGGAAUCAUUUUGCAAAACCUGUAAUAUUCAUAAACACGACAAGAAAAAAAAAAUUAGUGAAAAUGAAAGGCUUCACGAACCAAAUCUAUGUGUGUUAUCUCAAAGAUGUGAUACUUGCAUGGAUGAAUCUAAAUUGUUGUUUUGCCAAAAAUGCAAAUUUAGAAACUCGCUAAAUUAUUUUCCAAUGGCUCUCUCCGAACUACCGAAAGCUUUUGAUUUACCAUCAAAUUUUAAAAAAGGAUACUUUCCAUACAAAUUUAACACCAUAAAAAAUGCGAAUUAUGUUGGCCUUUUACCAGCAAUAGAAUAUUACGGGGCAAACAGCAUGAAACCAAAAGAACGUGACAUAUUUCUGCAAUGGCAUGAAAAUCAUAAAAAUGAUGUUUUUAAUAUGCAACGUGAUAUUAUUGAAUACUGUAUUUAUGAUGUUGUAAUAUUAAGAGAAGCCUGCCUUAAGUUUCGAAAAUUGUUCAUAACUGAAUGUAAUGUGGAACCGUUUUUAGAAGCCACAACUAUAGCAUCAGCCUGCAAUUUAGUGUUCCGGAGAAAUUUUCUUAAGUCCAAUACUAUCGGGCUGAUUCCUAAAAAUGGAUAUAGAUAUGCAGAUAAUCAGUCAAAGCAGGCUAUACAGUGGCUGGUUUUUGAAGAGGAAAACCGUAAAAUCAAUAUUCAACAUGCAGCUAAAGAACGGGAAGCUAUAGUGGCCGGUGUUAAAGUAAACGGUUAUUGCCAAGAAACUAAUCAAGUUUUUGAGUUUUACGGAUGCUAUUUUCAUGGGCACCCCUCUUGUCUACCACAUAAACGUGACAAACCUUUGUACGAUGAUUUAAAUGAUACUCUAAAUCACCGCUAUGCAAGAACAAUUGAAAAAAGUAGCCGAUUAAGAAAUUUAGGUUACGAAGUUGUGGAAAUGUGGGUCUUUGAAAGUUUUUUAAGUACAAAACAGAAAGAGCAUUUAAAAAAUCACCCAUUAGUAAACUGUACCCCGUUAUAUCCCCGAGAUUCAUUUUAUGGUGGUCGCACAGGAAAUACAUUUAGUUACUAUAAGUGCAAACAUGCAGAAAAAAUAAAUUAUAUUGAUGUGUGUUCCUUAUAUCCAUAUGUAUGUAAAUACGGAAAAUUCCCUAUUGGACAUCCCAAACUCCAUAUUGGAAAUACUAAAUGUUAUUCAUUAAAUUUACAAAACAUAAAUGGUCUCAUAAAGUGUAAAAUAUUGCCACCUGAACGUUUGUAUCAUCCGGUUUUACCGCUGAAGCAAAAUAAUAAAUGUUUACGUUAUGCCGAUGAAAGAGUCUUAACGGGAACUUGGGUUAUCGAUGAAGUUAUUAAGGCUCUAGAAAAAAAUUAUAGGAUAUUGGAGACGUAUGAAAUAUGGGAAUACGACGUAUCACAAUAUAAUAAACUUAAAAACGCUGAAGGAUUAUUUAGUAAAAUGAUGGAUAAAUUUUUAAAAAUAAAACAAGAAGCUUCAGGGUGGCCCAGCAAAUGUUGUACUAAAGAUCAAAAAGAAAAAUAUAUUGAAGAUUUUUUGCAAAACGAAGACAUACAGCUCGAAUAUGAAAAAGUUUUGAACAAUCCUGGGUUACGAUCAUUUGCCAAAUUGAUGUUAAAUUCAUGUUGGGGUAAAUUCGGACAAAGAGAAAACUUACAAAAAACAAACAUUAUAAAUGAGCCAUUUGAGUUGUAUGGGAUGUUAACUAAUGCAGCAAUAGAAGUAUGCCACAUUUUACCUAUAAAUGAAAGAAAUAUUGUUAUUAACUGGCAAUACAAAGAAGAGGUAACAGAAUCUUUGUCAACUGUGAAUGUCUCUAUUGCUGCAUUCACAACCGCACAAGCCCGUCUAAAAUUGUACACAUACUUGGAAAAACUAGAUAACCGAGUUUUAUAUUACGAUACAGACUCAAUAUUUUACAUAAGUCGUGAAGGUGAAUAUGAACCCCAUACUGGAGAGUUUAUAGGGGAUAUGACUAAUGAAUUAGAAAGCUAUGGCCAAGGUAGUUAUGUUACAGAAUUUGUAAGCGGUCCAAAAAAUUACGCCUAUAAGGUUUUUUCUACAAAAGAUAAUUCUGAAAAAGUGGUUUGUAAGGUGAAAGGAAUUCGCUUAAACUACGACGCUUCACACAAAAUCAAUUUUGAAACGAUGAAGGAAGCUGUUUUAAAUUUAAACAAUUUUGAAAAUAUUUCCAUACUUUCUGACAAUAUUCGAAGAACAAAAGAACAUGAACUCAUUACGGUGUCUGAAACCAAAACAUAUCAACCAAAAUCCGAAAAGCGAAGAUUUUUGCCUGAUUACAUUUUAAAAGCUUGUAAAACAUUAUCAGCAGUUUUAUUUUUUACAGGUUCAGCAAAUGCGUGCUUAGAAAAGGUAUCUAUAACAGUUUACAUUUAUUUUUUCCCUUAUUAA